AUGAAGAGGAAUCCAGACAAGCAGGAUGAAGAGAAGGUUCGUGAAGACAUGAAGAAAAGACAAGCUGAGGAUGACGAGAAGGUUGAACAAUUGGAUCAUCUCCAUGGAAGAGGAACUGAGGAGUUCGUGAGAAACGAUGUAUGGGAACUGGUGCCUCUACCUGAUGGUGUGAAUGUGGUCGGCACAAAGUGGAUCUUCAAGAACAAGACAGAUGAUGCUGGCAUUGUACGAAACAAGUCAAGACUUGUUGCGCAAGAUGGAUGUGAAGAGUGCUUUCUUGAAUGGCAUUCUACAAGAGGAAGUAUAUGUAGCCAACCGAAGGGAUUUGAAGAUCCUACACAUCCUGAGUAUGUGUAUAAGCUCAAGAAAGCUCUCUACGGACUGAAACAGGCUCCAAGAGCUUGGUAUGAGCACCUGACGAAGUUUCUGAUUGACACAGGCUACGUCAGAGGAACUGUGGACAAAACUUGUUCACACUUGAGAAGGAAGAAUGAGAUGAUGAUGGUGCAGAUCUAUGUAGAUGAUAUCAUCUUUGGAGGAACUUCAGAGAAGCUGGUGGAAAACUUUGUGAAGAGUAUGACUAAAGGAGUUCAAGAUGAGCAUGGUGGGAGAAUUGAAGUACUUUCUUGGACUUCAAGUAAAUCAGACUGA